AGGUGAAGUAAAUAGAUAAGCCUUUCAGAGAGUUGUGUGCGAGCAGAGAAGAUCUCAAACUGAGCUUCAGAAAGAAACUACAACCUUCAGAUUUUUCACAUUAUACUCAAGCCAUCAGUCAUGAAGCUGAAUCUUUUUUUUCUCCUGUGUCUCACUGGUCUUAUUUCAGUCACUGUACCCAUCCUGAGAACAGUUCCUCACAGAUAUGACCUAAUGAUGACAACCCAGACAUGGUAUAAUGCACGGAAUUACUGCAGGGUGGUGUACGAUGACCUGGCAACAAUCCUAAGUGAUACGGAUGGGCUAAGACUGAAGAAAGAAAUAACAAGCAAAGGUCUGCAAACAUCCACCUGGACUGGAGUUUAUAAAAAUAUUUAUACCUGGCGAUGGACCUUAAAUGACAUCCCACUGUGGAAUUCCACUUAUAUAAACUGGUACCCUGGACAGCCUGAUAAUUAUUAUACACAAGAAACAUGUGGAAUCAUAGCUGCAGCUUAUCAGUGGCAUGAUGUACCAUGUAAUCUUGUAAGACCCUUCAUAUGCUAUGAUGUUAGAUUUGGUGAUGCCAACAAGUUCAUCCGCAUCAAUAAUCCUCUGCUGACCUGGCCUCAAGCUCGGACCUACUGUCAAACAUAUUACACAGACUUGGCGAGCGCUCUUAACAGCUCAGAUUAUGCAUUGUUAGUCCAGUUAAUGAUGAUCCAGGGUGAUUCUUGGAUUGGCCUGUACAGAGACAUGGAUAAUUGGGAGUGGUCAGAUGGGACCAGGGGUUCAAACCUCCCAUGGUAUCCUGGACAACCUGACAAUUAUUGGGGCAGUGAGAACUGUGCAGUGCUUUAUAAUGGAUUCUUUUAUGAUGAACAUUGCGCCAACCAGCAUUAUUAUUUCUGUCACACCAUUUCUCCAAAGAGGAGUCAGACAGUGAGACUGCAGGUGAAGUCUGAUGGCAGUGUGUUUGAUCCUGCUGUGCAGUCGUCCAUUUUAGAGCAGAUCAAUCAGAAACUGAAAGAAAAUGGGAUGAUGGAGAACAUCAUUGUGACCUGGAGGGUGCAGCCAGAUGGAAACAUCUUCCACAAGAAAAAAAAGGAUGAUCUGUAA